AUGUAUUCAAGAAAUAGAAGGCAUCGUUCAUCCCCUCGCAGUUUACACCUGUCUUCUGAUAACAUAAAUACCACAGGUAAACAUGUUGACACCAUUCCACGUGAUAUUUAUCUUGAUCUGGUAUCAUCGUCCAGACUUCUAGACGAGCGACUUCGCAGAAGAUUCAGUGAUCGUCAUAAACAUGGUAACGGAGAAGACCUGCCUACCUCAGAGGAGAGUUGCAACAGAGACUUGGGAAAUGGAUCUAGAGGAGAUGGAGAGGUCGAGCGAAGUUCUCGUAAUACAAACAAUGUCGAGCCAAGAAGAGUCGACAUGGACAGCUACAUACCAUAUGGAGUCAGAUCCAGACCUCCAGAGAGAGGCAAAUGGCUAGCAUACGCUAAAAAUAUUAAACCACGAAAACAGCGGGAGGGAUCUAACCUGUCACAGAGCAUGGAGAACAUCGACAUCUGUACCAAGUAUCCAAGAUUACAGAAUUCUAAUUUUUAUCAAAAUCUCCAUAAGAAAUAUCCUCAGGCUUUUCAACGUCGACUUAUGUCUGAGACCAAGGCACGCAGACCUCGGCGAUUAUUCAACUCAGGUUUACCAGUGGAGUUUCAUGGUGAUAUUUAUGACUCUGAUGACACCAGAAGUGUAUGUUCUGAAAGACCCAUGUCUAGCUUAGAGCAUGAUUUAAGAGGAUUUCUGAGCUAUGGUGAUCUUCAGCAAGACCGUGAUUGUAGAACCAGUCCAACUCCAUCCAUGAUGUCAGACCUCACAGUGAAGGAACGCCUGAAUGCAACAUCUGACAGAUUGUAUCACCUCUUAUAUAAUGGACUUCCUCAAAGUCAUUACAGAAGCAGCUAUGAUCCCGGACUAACUCCAAGGUCAGAGGUAACUCCAAGGGCACGAAUGUCCAGGACCAGCAGUGUGUCUUCAGAUAUGCAUGGUUUUGAUGACCUUGACAACUUGUCUUCCCCACGACACUUGGACCCAUACCACAGGAUACUGGACUCCAAUGAUCUGUCACAGGAGGAACAAAUACGCUCCCUUCAGCAACAACUGGAACACAAGGACAGACAACUAAGGACAUACAGACAAAAACUUAACCUUGAAACAGCAGGUAUGCAUAACACUGGCUCCAAACAUCCUGAGAACCUUGAGUCAUCCUACCCACGGGUAAUCAGUCCAGACUCACCUUCCGAUAGUGCUAUUGAUGUAGAAUCUUCAUCAGCACAGUCUGUGGUCUCCAUGGAUACCAGGUACCACCACAACACGGACAAUUCUUCAACAGAUGUCAAAUACUCAAAUGGAUCUGAUAAAUUACACAUAAAUGGAAAUCUGCCAAAUACUGGUGCUAAUUACUUUGCAAAUGACUUGGAUAGCUUUACUUUCACUGAUGUCAUACAGGAAGUAGACGAGGAUGAUCUUACCUCUGAUGUUAACUGUACACUGUCCUCAAACAAGGGUGGCAUAGUGUCCUCAAACAAUGUUGGCAAUGUGUCCUCAAACAAUGAUGGCAAUGUGUCCUCAAACAAAGAUGGCACAGUGUCCUCAAACACAUGUGGCACAGUGUCCUCAAACAAUGAUGGCAUGGUGUCCGCAAACAAAUGUGGCACAGUGUCCUCAGACAAGGAUAGCAGACUGACCCCAAACAAAGACAAUGGAGAAAGUUAUAGUUUGGCCGAGGAGGGAGAACCAAACAAAGAAUUGAUAUCUAGUCCCCCAGAAGUUGAUGUGAUGAUGCAUGAGAUAGUGCAACAGACGAUGUCCAAAAUGCCUUCCAGUGACCUUAAAGUGUCGGACAAUGACCUUCAGAUCACAGCUGGCAAUGAUCUUCAAAUCUCACUUGGCAAUGACCUUAAAAUUUCACCUGGAAACAACAUCCUUCAAAGUUCAUUUGUGAAUUCUUCCAUAGAAAGUGACCUUCAGAUACAAGCUGAAAGGCACAAUAGUCUUAACGAGGAAAUAGAUGACUCAGAUCCACGUCUUGGUAUUCCAGAAGUGAAAACUGAUAAUGAAAACGUGAUACAAGAACGCUACUAUGAAAAAUGCAAAAAAAUUAAGUAUCGAACUAAACGGCGUUGUUUCACCCCUCGUGAAAAACCUGGAAGUACCUGUAGAAACAGAACCCGAAGUGAGGACCAAGUGUCUGUCUUGUGUUCACCAAGAUUUGAGAGUAAUUCAUUGACCAGCAAUGAUAUACUUCAGAAAUCUGAUGUGCAUCGCUCAAACCACAGUUUAAAUGUGGUCCCUGAAAGACUGGAUUUACGAUCUCGUAGACUAGCAUCUGAAUCAGACAUUACAAAUGUUAGCUUAGAUAACACUGGAAUCUUUUUCUCAAAGUCUUCAAAUCCUGGAUCCAUAGGGUCCUUUCAGUCAGAUUUGUCAACAAACACUCUAGUGGCGUCACAGCAGACACUGACUGAGGACGAUCUCACAGAGUCCUACCCUAAAGUAACUUUACAUUCUCAUUCACCCAGGAAGAAAAUUCGCUUUAAGAAUAUUUUUAAGUUUAAAAAGGGUCAUUAUAAUCCAUCUAAGGUAGAAGCCAAUUUGCCAGUGGAUUUAGAGGCCAUGUUAAAACAUUCAUCUGUGUCAGAUUCACCAUGUAACCAGGAAGAACAUCAAAAUUUCUACUCUGUGCAAUAUAAGAAGUCAAAACAUCACAGUCAUUAUGCUGGAGAGGGAGAAUCAAAUGUUGGUGAAAGUCCUCAAAGUGAUAACCGGGGAAAUCUAACUGAAGAGGAUCUCUCUGAUGUCAGGGAGCAUCUUUUUGAUGUUAAUGUUCAUUCCCAUCCUGUGAAUGAUACAAAUGACUAUUUAAAUGGUCAAACAGUACUUGGACCACCUCCUUCCUAUAGUGAACAUCUGGAAGACAGUCAGCGGAAGACCGCUUAUGAAGUUGCCCUGGUCAGUCUUGACCAAAAUGGAUUGGAUAUUGAUGAGUUGAUUGAGAGUGACUCAGACAGUGUAUUUUCAGCCAAACCUGUAGUUAUAGAUUCACAGCAGAGAAAACAAAGUAGCGGGUCUGAAGUUCAGGAAACUGAUGAGGAAGGCACAAGGAAGGUAGGUCAGAUGUCCAUAGAAGAAGCAGAGAAACGUAGAAGUGUCUCAGUAGAUUCUGAGGAUGAGGUAUUUACGCAAAAUGUCAUGACGACUGCAGAAAGAACACCUGUACCUAACCACGUCAGACUGGCUAAUCUCAGCCUGAACAUGGAGAAAACAGAGUCAGAAUUGGUUGAUAAAAGUGAUGUUAAUGAAACAGUACAUUCUGAGGAAAUUAACAAUUUUGCUGUUGAUAAAGCCCGGGAUAUGGAUGAGGACAGUGAGGGGGAUACAACUGAAGACAGUGACAAUCUAGACAUAGAACCUAUAGUCAUUGGUGAAGUUGAUGUAGUGUCUCCUGUUAAUGAUGAUAUGGAUAUCUCUCAAAGUAAGAACAAAGCAGCAGCAAGUACUAUGCAAAGCAACAACACACAAGAAACAGUCCAUAGAAUCCAGGGGCCAGAACAAGGAGACCAGAUACCAGAACCAGGCAUCAGUACAGAAAACAACGGGAGUGAAGUCCACGGAAUCCAGGGGCCAGAACAAGGAGACCAGAUACCAGAACCAAACAUCAAUACAGAAAACAACGGGAGUGAAAUCCAUAGAAUCCAGGGACCAGAACAAGGAGACCAGAUACCAGAACCAGGCAUCAGUACAGAAAACAACAGGAGUGAAAUCCACAGAAUCCAGGGACCAGAACAAGGAGACCAGAUACCAGAACCAGGCAUCAGUACAGAAAACAACAGGAGUGAAAUCCACAGAAUCCAGGGACCAGAACAAGGAGACCAGGGACUAGUACCAGACAUCACCAGAGACAGCAAUGACCAUGCACCAGUCGAGGGGCCAUAUGCCACAGUGACUGUACACAGGGACACCAGUGUAAGCUCAGAGACACAGAUUAACUCAGAUUCCAACAUCUAUUCUGAAGUGGAACUCACAGAUAAAACACAGGAUUCUGACAGUAACAAAACCAAGGGAGAUAAUCUGAGAAAACAUUUCUCCUUUGUAACAGCAAGUAGCAACAUGGAUGACAGCAUUACUGUGUUGGACCAAAGUGCACCACCAAUACCAAAGAGGGCUUACCAAAGGGAGGAAAGCAACCUAGUAAGGAGCAAAGAACUGAGUGUGUCUAAGCAGUCACUUACUGAUAAGGUCAGGUCGUCUGCAAGGAGCAAGUUCAAGGCCAUCCGAAAGGCAGUCAGUUUAGACAAGGGCCUCAACAAGGCAGGGACAGACAACUCUGAUGAUAUAACAAAGGACAAAAACAAGGAAAAGAAAAAGUCAGGCUUUAAAAUGCCUAAGAUCAAGAAUCCUCUACAUUUUGGAAAGAAGAAAUCAAAACCACCAAUGGCUCCAGUUUCUAAUGUAGGGAAAGAGAGGUACAUACACUCACAGCACCCGUGUGCAUUUGUGUUGAAUUGGUAUGUGUGUUGUAAGUAA